UCAGCUACUGGGGCGGGUGAUCUCGACGAGGGGAAUCGACAUGGCAAUAAAAAGCCGUAAGGAAGGAGUGUUGAAAAGGCCACAUACACGAUAACCUACUCACCCUCUUGAUCAACACCUCGAAACAAAAUGGCAUCCAAGAAAAUGACCCCACUACCGCCUCGGACCAUACGCAUUGGUAUGCUUAACCCCGACACGCCGGUCCCAAACGUGCGCUCCAAGUUCGAGUCAUACGGCGCCGUAUUCCACCAGCUGCUCGCCGAAGCCGCCGCUCGGGUGGCGCCGCACGUCCAAGUACGAUCCGAGCAGUUUGACGUCGUCCGGGGCGAGUACCCAUCACGGCCCGAGGACUACGACCUCCUUCUCGUCGCCGGAUCCUCGGCGUCGGCGUACGAGGACGCCGAGUGGAUCCGGACACUGGACAAGUUUCUAAGCCGCGUAUACAGCCAGCACCCCCAGGUCAGGCUUUUUGGCAGCUGCUUCGGUCACCAGAUCCUCUGCCAGGCGCUGCUGGGCAAGCACGGCGCCGUCGUGGAGAAGGAUCCCAAAGGAUGGGAGAUAGGCGUCCAUACCAUACAUCUCACGCCCGAGUUCCGGGCCGCACUUGGGAGAGAAUCGCACCCAGCCUUGUCCCAGCGACCCCCAACGCCGGAGGAAGAUGAUAAUAAUCAAAAUGUUGUGGGAGACAAGAACGGGGCGCUGAAGCAAGACACUUUGAGGUUGCAAUUUGUGCACGCCGACCAUGUCAGGCUGCCAGAGCCCCCGCAGCAGCGUCUACCGCCUGGCUGGGUUCUUGUUGGCAGCACCAAGCACUGCGCGGUGCAGGGAGUCUACCUUCCAGCGCGGGUGUUGACGUACCAGGGACACUUUGAGUUCGAUCGCUUCAUCAACGGGGAGACCCUGCGCGUCUUUGGCGCGUCGUGGGACCCGCGAAUUCUGCAGUCCGCGCUGGAGCAGAUCGAUUCCGAUGACGACGCGGCUGCGGCAGCUGACAUGGUGGCUCGGUUUCUACUGGAGGAGGGGGUAGGUGAAGAAGGGCUGCUCACGCCUCCUGUGUCGGACUGGUUGGAUUAAAUGGGUUGGAAAUUACAGACAAAGCGCCCUUCCAGUGCGUUGCCUUUACCAGCACGGCACAUUGCACAUUGGGCAGGUAAAUUGAGGUGCUGGCCACUUGAUUACAGCGAAUCGCCUUAUUACAGUUAAAGGAAAACGCCCGCCAUCGCACAGUCCUUCCUCCGUUUCACUUCGAACUUGACUGUUGGAUUUACCAUGGCAUACACCCCAUGCCGCAAAGGCUGGGUGUUGCUACACCCCUCCGCCAAACGAACGUCGUACUUUAGCAA